CUUCGUGGCUGAUUUGCGGUUGCUCACGACUAGCGGACCCUGUCAGGUAUCAAGCGCGCGCCGGGACUGGAUCGAAGAGGCCCGGGACCUGCUCGGAGUCCCGAAGUCUCAGCCGGGGCAGCGCAGGGCUGGAGGACAGGUCUCUGUACUUCCAUUCCUAAAGGACUCACACAAUGUUUUCCAAACUAGCAAGUUUGCAGACAGUUGCUGCUCUGCGGCGAGGGGUCCAUGCCUCAGUCGCCUCUGCUGCAUCUGUUGCAACUAAGAAGACAGUCCAAGGCCCGCCGUCCUCUGACUACAUUUUUGAACGGGAAUCUAAGUAUGGUGCACACAAUUACCAUCCUUUACCUGUAGCCCUGGAGAGAGGAAAAGGCAUUUAUGUGUGGGAUGUAGAAGGCAGGCAAUACUUCGACUUUCUGAGUGCUUAUGGUGCUGUUAGCCAAGGGCACUGCCACCCCAAGAUCAUAAAUGCUAUGAAGAGUCAGGUGGACAAACUGACCUUAACAUCUCGUGCUUUCUAUAACAACAUCCUUGGUGAAUAUGAGGAGUAUAUUACCAAACUUUUCAACUACCACAAAGUUCUCCCUAUGAACACAGGAGUGGAGGCUGGAGAGACUGCCUGUAAGCUUGCUCGUCGUUGGGGCUACACCGUGAAAGGCAUUCCGAAAUACAAAGCAAAGAUUGUUUUUGCUGAUGGAAACUUUUGGGGUCGAACAUUGUCUGCAAUCUCCAGUUCUACAGACCCGACCAGUUAUGAAGGCUUUGGACCCUUCAUGCCAGGCUUUGAAACCAUCCCGUAUAACGAUCUGCCCGCACUGGAGCGUGCUCUUCAGGAUCCAAAUGUUGCUGCCUUCAUGGUGGAGCCCAUUCAGGGUGAAGCAGGUGUUAUUGUUCCAGAUCCAGGAUACCUGACGGGAGUCCGAGAACUCUGCACUAGGCACCAGGUCCUGUUUAUUGCUGAUGAAAUACAGACAGGAUUGUCCAGAACUGGUAGACGGCUGGCUGUGGAUCAUGAGAAUGUCAGACCUGACAUAGUUCUUCUCGGGAAGGCCCUUUCUGGCGGCUUAUACCCUGUGUCUGCAGUGCUGUGUGAUGAUGAGAUAAUGCUGACCAUUAAACCAGGGGAACAUGGCUCCACAUACGGUGGUAAUCCACUGGGCUGCCGAAUUGCCAUUGCAUCUCUUGAGGUUUUAGAAGAAGAGAAUCUUGCUGAAAACGCAGACAAGAUGGGCACCAUGUUGAGAAAGGAGCUCAUGAAGCUGCCCUCCGAUGUUGUGACCGCUGUAAGGGGGAAAGGGUUGCUAAAUGCCAUUGUCAUCCGAGAAACCAAAGAUUGUGAUGCUUGGAAGGUGUGUCUGCGACUCCGAGAUAAUGGGCUCCUGGCCAAGCCAACCCAUGGCGAUAUCAUCAGGUUAGCCCCUCCACUUGUGAUCAAGGAGGACGAGAUCCGGGAGUCAGUGGAAAUCAUUAACAAGACCAUCUUGUCCUUCUGAGAAUAAGAACUGCUCAGUGGUCCCCGGGAGCCAUCUUCAGACGGACUUCUUGUGACACUCUGCUCACAGCAGGCAGAUCCCACUGGUUUGUCUCUUGAAAGACAGUUUUUUUUGGAUAUGCAUAUCUAUUUUUUUCAGUUGAUGCAUAGUAGAGUGACAUUUAUGAACCUGCAGUUGGCUAUGGCAUCUCUCUUUGUUAAAUUUUGACUUUGUGGGAACUUUCUAAGGUGAAGCACUUCCUUCCAUCUCUACAUAGCCUUCAAAUGCAGUCCUGCAUCAUUGACACACAUUUUUAUAAUUUCCUUGCUGGUGUGAAUGUUUUGUGUUUGAAAGUUAUUUCUGAGAUACUACAUGAGAGACUUGCUUAACCUCAUGCAGUUGAAUCAUUUUAAUCAAUGAAUGUUAAGAUGAUUAAAGGUUAAGCAUAUGUAAAAUACCCGUUUCAAGUAAACUUUGCAUUGGCCAACACUAGAAUGCUUUAUAUAGAUUCUGAGAAUUCUGUCCUAAAUUACACUUUCAAGUGCUUGAUUGCAAUUUGUAAAACAUUUAUUUUCAGUAUUUCUUUGAAUAAAGCUUAUUUUUCUUUUUACACCAGCAGAGUAUUUUGUAUUUACAUAUUGAUAAUAGUAAGUGUAUUUCACUCCUGUGACUGGCAUUUCAUCUCUUCUUGAGACCAUUGGGUGUGUUUUAGGCUUUUUAUUCUAAAUAAAGCUAUGAUUAGUUCA